AUGGGAGUUACCGCGGCCCUCUCAAUAAUAAUAACAUGCCUCUUCGCAAGCUCCGGAAUUCGAAAUUCAGUCUAUGAACUGUUUCUCGUCAUUCACCAAGGCUUUGCCUGUUUGAUCCUUGCUGCAUUGUGGUAUCAUCUAAUUGUUGAUGGGCCCGACUACGUCGUCUUUAUCUGGCCUUGUGUUGCUAUUUGGUCCUUUGACCGACUUGGAAGGAUUUUACGACUGUUGAUCUGGAACAAAGUCACUGCGUAUUCCUCUGCAGAGUAUAACAGCGAUGCAAACGUCAUCCAAAUCAAGGCUCGAGUAAGACAGGCUUUGUCUCCGAGUCCCGGCACCUACUUUUACGUCUACGGUUGGCGAUCAAUCAAAUUCUGGGAAAGCCAUCCAUUCACGCUCAGCAGUUGGAACAAAGUGACCACGGGAGAUGAGUCUUAUACAGAAUUGAUCUUCCUUGUCAGUAUACGAGGCGGUUUCACCUCCAGGCUCCAAAAACAGCUACUGCAUCAUGGUGAUUCCGAUAUGGGUGCUUCAUCUGCCGUGAGAAAGAUGACUCUAUCUGUCGAGGGUCCGUACGGACCAAGCUUUUGCCCAUGGAAAUCUGAAAUGGCUGUCUUCAUUAUUGGAGGAGCAGGUAUUACAGUUGCGACCUCUUUCAUGCAACAGCUGCUACACUCUCUCACCUCGCAAACAGAUCAGAAAUCAGAUAUAAGGACUAUCAAAAUAGUUUGGGCCGUUAAGAACAUUGAGCUCUAUCGGUUUGUCCGCGAGCGCUACAUCUCCACCUGGGAGCAUGUAUUUGCAUCAAAUGAUGUCGAAUUGUCUCUGGAUAUUUACCUAACAUGCUCUUCUAAGAUGAAUAGCGAGACCUCAAUCUCAACAGAACAUGUUCCCCAGUCUCUUGAUCUUUCAGGGGAUACAAAAGGGGGUGUUUUGCCAUCACCAUCGACUGAGUCUGAAAUUUCGACCCCGAGCGCUCUGCGUGAAGUGGGAUCUGAGAAACCAGGGCCAGGGCCAUUUUUAACGACUUUCUACCACGGAAGGCCGGACAUCAGCAAUAUAGUCACAAAUCAAGUCGAAGUCCUUGAGUCUGCUGGUGGCAAGCGCCUAGCUUUGGUUGGAUGUGGUCCAAAGGCAAUGGCUCAUGACAUACGUCUCAGUUUUGUCGAUAUUUCGAAGAUACCACAGGUCAAUGUGGAUUUCCACUUGGCUCCUUUUGGUUGGUGA